AUGAAGCAGGAGGAGCUGGCUGACCAUCUGCAGAGAAAAAGCCUUGCUGAAGAUUGUCAUCUUAAACUUAAAUCUGAGCUGAAGAAGAAGUUCCAGUGUGUGUUUGAGGGGAUCGCUAAAGCAGGAAACCCAACCCUUCUGAAUCAGAUCUACACAGAGCUCUACAUCACAGAGGGAGGGACUGCAGAGGUCAAUGAUGAACAUGAGGUCAGACAGAUUGAAACAGCGUCCAGGAAACCAGACAGACCAGAAAGAACAAUCAGACAAGAAGACAUCUUUAAAGGCUCACCUGGAAGAGAUGAACCAAUCAGAACAGUGCUGACAAAGGGAGUGUCUGGCAUUGGGAAAACGGUCUUAAUACAGAAAUACAGCCUGGACUGGGCUGAAGACAAAGCCAACCAGGACAUCCAGUUCAUAUUUCCAUUCACUUUCAGAGAGCUGAAUGUGCUGAAAGAGGAAAAGUUCAGCUUGGUGGAACUUGUUCAUCACUUCUUUACUGAAACCAAAGAAGCAGGAAUCUGCAGGUUUGAAGACUUCCAGGUUGUGUUCAUCUUUGAUGGUCUGGAUGAGUGUCGACUUCCUCUGGACUUCCACGAAGCGACAAUCCUAACUGACCCUAGAAAAUCCACCUCAGUGGAUGUGCUGCUGAUAAACCUCAUCAGGGGGAAACUGCUUCCCUCUGCUCGUCUCUGGAUAACCACACGACCUGCAGCAGCCAAUCAGAUCCCUCCUGAAUGUGUUGGCAUGGUGACAGAGGUCAGAGGGUUCACUGACCCACAGAAGGAGGAGUACUUCAGGAAGAGAUUCGGAGAUGAGGAGCAGGCCAGCAAGAUCAUCUCCCACAUCAAGUCAUCACGAAGCCUCCACAUCAUGUGCCACAUCCCAGUCUUCUGCUGGAUCACUGCUACAGUUCUGGAGGAUGUGCUGAAAACCAGAGAGGGAGGACAGCUGCCCAAGACCCUGACUGACAUUUACAUCCACUUCUUGGUGGUUCAGGCCAAAGUGAAGAAGGUCAAGUAUGAUGGAAGAGCUGAGACAGAUCCACACUGGAGUCCAGAGAGCAAGAAGACGAUUGAGUCUCUGGGGAAACUGGCUUUUGAGCAGCUGCAGCAAGGAAACCUGAUCUUCUAUGAAUCAGACCUGACAGAGUGUGGCAUCGAUAUCAGAGCAGCCUCAGUGUACUCAGGAGUGUUCACACAGAUCUUUAAAGAGGAGAGAGGACUGUACCAGGACAAGGUGUUCUGCUUCAUCCAUCUGAGUGUUCAGGAGUUUCUGGCUGCUCUUCAUGUUCAUCUGACCUUCAUCAACUCUGGACUCAAUUUGCUGGAAGAACAACAAACAACCUCCAAGAAGUCUGAUUUAUUUGGAAAAAAAAGACAUUUUCAAUCUUUCUACCGGAGUGCUGUGGACAAGGCCUUACAGAGUCCAAAUGGACACCUGGACUUGUUCCUCCGCUUCCUCCUGGGUCUUUCACUGCAGACCAAUCAGACUCUCCUACGGGGCCUGCUGACACAGACAAGAAGUAACUCACGGACCAAUCGGAAAACACUCCAGUACAUCAAGACGAAGCUCAGCGAGAAACUGAGUUCAGAGAAGACCAUCAAUCUGUUCCACUGUCUGAAUGAACUGAAUGAUCGUUCUCUAGUGGAGGAGAUCCAACAGUCCCUGAGUUCAGGAAGUCUCUCCACAGAUGAACUGUCUCCUGCUCAGUGGUCAGCUCUGGUCUUCAUCUUACUGUCAUCAGAAAAAGAUCUGGAUGUGUUUGACCUGAAGAAAUACUCUGCUUCAGAGGAGGCUCUUCUGAGGCUGCUGCCAGUGGUCAAAGCCUGCAACAAAGCUCUAUUGAGUGCCUGUAACCUCUCAGAGACAAGCUGUGAAGCUCUGUCCUCAGUCCUCAGCUCCCAGUCGUCUAGUUUGAGAGAGCUGGAUGCAAGCAACAACAACCUGCAGGAUCCAGGAGUGAAGCUUCUUUCUGUUGGUCUACAGAGUCAACAUUGUACACUGGAAACUCUGAGACUGAGUGGCUGUGACCUCACAAAGAAAAGCUGUGAAAGUCUGUCUUCAAUCCUUAGCUCCCAGCCCUGCAGUCUAAGAGUGCUGGAUCUGAGUGAUAACAACCUGCAAGACUCAGGAGUGGAGAUUCUGUCUGCUGGAGUGAGAAGUCCGUACUGUAAACUAGAAACUCUCAGUCUGUCAGGCUGCCUGAUCACAGAGGAAGGCUGUACUUCUCUGGCCACAGCUCUGAGCUCCAACCCCUCCUAUCUGAGAGAGCUGGACCUGAGCUACAAUCAUCCAGGAAACUCGGGAAUGAAGCUGUUGUCGGCCGGACGGAAGGAUCCACGCUGGAGACUCGACAUUUUGAAGGUGGAGCCUGCUGGAGUCCGAUGGUUGACACCAGGUCUGAGGAAGUAUUCUUGUCAACUCACAAUCGACACAAACACAGUACACACAAACCUCCAACUGUCUGACAACAACAGGAAGGUGACACAUGCUGAGGAGGUUCAGUCAUAUCCUGAUCAUCCAGACAGAUUUGAUGUUUAUGAACAGCUGCUGUGUAGAGAUGGUCUGACUGGUCGCUGUUACUGGGAGGUCGAGUGGACAGGAGACGUUGAGAUAUCAGUGAGUUCCAGAAAAAUCAGAAGGAAAGGAGACAGUACUGACUGUUUGUUUGGAUGGAAUGAUCAGUCCUGGAGUCUCAUCUGCUCUGGUGAUCGUCCUCGUUCUGUCAGGCAAAAUAAGACAGAAAAAUCCAUCUCCUCCUCCUCCUACUCUGUCUGUAACAGAGUAGCAGUGUAUGUGAACUGUCCUGCUGGCACUCUGUCCUUCUACAGAGUCUCCUCUGACACUCUGAUCCACCUCCACACCGUCAACACCACAUUUACUGAAACUCUCUAUCCUGGGUUUUGGUUCAGGUCUCCUGGUUCGUCAGUGUGUCUGUGCUGAGUUGAAUGUAAAGAAAGUCCUCCUGUUGGAGAAACACUCUGACUGUUGAGUAGAAAGGGCGUGUGCAAACAGUGUGUAACUAUUGCAGUGUUUACAGUGUGUUAGAUGGAGGAGUUGUACAGGGAGAUGGCUGCGGGCAGGAAUGAUUUCCUGUGUCGUUCAGUGGUGCUUUUCUCACUGAACAUGCUCCUGUGAGUAGCCAGCAUGUCACGGAGUGGGUGGGAGGUAUUAUCCAACAUUGUUUUUAUCUUGGACAACAUCCGCCUCUCAGACACCACCCUAAGGGAGUCCAGCUUCAUCCCCACAACAUUACUGACCUCAACAUGCUGCCCCGGCAUGCAACAGCAUAGAGGAUAGCACUGGCCACAACAGAGAUACAACAAGAUAAGUGUUUGAGCAGUUAUGAUAUCAGGGACAAUCUAGACAUGUGUGACAAUACUGAACAUGUCACAUGACACACCUUAGACGUCAUGUGAUCCACUCUCAGUCUGCACUUUCAUUCAUGACUUCAACAUGUUGAAAUGAGCUUUGAAGAAACAUUGAGUGAAGUAAAGUUUCCAUCACAGGAUUCAUGUGAGCACCAGAUGAACUUUACGAAGAAUCAGUGGAUUUAUCUUCUGUUUGAGAUCAACUUUUAUCACUUAGAGCCAUCUUAAGUCAAUUUUUUCCACUUCUCACUCACUAACAUCUCAUAUGAUUUCAGAUCCCUGCUGUCCCCCACCUGCCCUGUAGGUGGCCUCAAUUUGUUUCCACUGUAAAAAAAUAAACAGAAAACAACAAACAGAAUGAAAUGACCUGAAAUCGCUUCAAUCUGAUGUUUAAUGAAAACAGUUCAAAGUCAGCAGAUCAAAUGUUCAAA